CUGCCCCAGUGCCACCUAGCCUUUUCUGAGGUGUGAAAAGGAACACACCAACUUUCAAGUAAAAUUGGAAAGAAACAUGUGGCAGCAGUUUGAAAUGGAAGUGUCUCCUCAUUUCCCAGUCUCUGUAGGUGACGAAAGUUAUUAAUCCAAAAAAUGACUUCCGGGAAAAGAUAAAAUGUGGGACAGAACUACGGGGUAUCUGUAAAGAAAUCAGAAACAUUUAAGAUGGCACUCUUUUAAGAGGCACUGGGACUUUGGGCAUUUUUCACGUGGCUGGGUAGAUGGUUUUCUGCCUGUUCUAAAGUGAUCAUCACUGCUGCACUCUGACGGCAACAGAACUGCCACAUCUCCGUUUCCCAGCAGCGGUACUUGUCAGCAUGAAGAACUGUGAUACACCUUUCAGAGUUAAAAUAGUCUGCCAUAGUGCAAGUUAGUCCUGGAGAAGCAAUGUCGAACAACAGUUUUUCUUUCUGGGUGGCAAGAAAUGACAACAAGCCUGAUCUACUGUGUGGGAGGCCGGCUGAUUACUUUGUGGUCCAGAAGCAUUUCACAAUUCUUAUAUGUGCCACUAUUGUUUUGGGAGGGUUUUCAAGGAUGGUUUUAAAGAAUUCUGAAGUCUUUGUCAUGAUAAUUCUCUCUGUGUCGGGAUUUGUGACAGGGCGACUGGCUUACAAUUUUAUUGAGGUGCACCAAAUUGUCUACCCUCUUCUAAAAACGCCAAGCUUUUCACUGUAUUGUUAUUUUUUACCUUUAAUUGUAUUCGUGGCUGCUUUGGACGUGGACUUUUAUAUAGUCAAGAACGUGUUUUGGCAGGUCUUGCUAACCGGACUGAUCAGUUUUGGCACAGCGUUUGCUACUAUUUCCUACGUGGUCCUGAAAUUCCACGAGGACAAGUGGGAUCUGCAGUGCUGUCUGCUCUUCAGCAUCACGCUGUGUAUCAUAGACCCUCUGCACUCCGUCAACUCGCUGAAGAUGAUCGGCAUUUCUAAGAUGUACACGGAUAUCAUCAGAGGAGAGUCGCUGAUCAUUUGUAGCUUCACAUGCAUUUUCUUUGGAAUUUUUCGAGGCCACACAACUAACGUUUCCAUGUUCAGGGAGUUACAUGUAAUCAUCGGGCUCAGCUUUGAUAUUUUUGGAAGCGCAGUAUGUGGAUAUUGGUGUACGAGAGUCAUUCAGAUUAUAUUGACCGACCUCUUUAGCAACACACUGACGAACGUUGUUCUCUGUUUUUCACUGGUGUACAUGACUUUUUACCUUGUGGAAUAUUUUGGAAUGUCGGGCAUUGUUGCUUUGGUCACAGUAGGCCUGAAUUUGGAUUCUUUAAGCUUUAAACCGAGGAUGGAGUUCAUAAUUACUAAGUUCUUAAUAAUGUGUUCGUCUGUAUAUGAACACUUAAUAUAUGCCUUCUUUGGCAUUGUUAUCGGCUGUGGAGAAAUCAAGUAUUUCAGAUUUCACUCCCUAGUUUUCACUGUGACUUUAUUUGUAACAGUGAAUUUUGUAAGGCUGCUCACUAUUAUUUUAGUGAGCCCCAUUUUGAUGCAUUCAAGCUAUGAGUAUGACUGGCGAUGGGGAGUUGUUAUCACGUGGUCCGGAAUCAGAGGCGUCUUUAGCUUACUGUUGGCUCCUGAUAUUUACAAUUUUUCUGAAUACAAAUUAGCGGCGCCACAUAUGUGUAUAUUCUAUAUACAAGCACUGUCAAUACUGACCACAGGAAUAAAUUCACAUAUGAUGCUCCGGUCAGCCAAGACAUUAGGCUUGUGUGCUCUCUCCCUCCCAAGACAAAUGGCCGUUCGAAAUGCCACCGAACACAUACAGGAGAUUAUACGGAACACAAUCACUUUAUUUAAGACAGAGAAAAUAUUGACAAACGUUAACUGGAACGUAGUAGAAGAAAAAGCCAAGAUUGAAUACAAUCCUAUUUUAAAACAGGCUCGCACUGUUCCACUUGCCCAUAUUUCGCAUGGUCCAAGAGAGGAGUCGCCAACCGAUGAAGUUUUAAUAGAAGAGGCCAGAUUGCAUGUAGCUAUAAUACAAAUGAGCAGUUUUGAAAAGCAGUGUAAUGACGGCAUCCUGGGAGUUGAGGCAGCUCGAAUACUAAUCGGUGCCACCAAAAGCUACUGCCCCAUCCAUGGAAAAUUCAUGAGUAUUUCUGAUGUUUCAACUUACGUGAGAGCUAGAAGUUGGCUUAUAAAGUUUAAAAACAUGUUAACUUACUUGGAAUAUCACAAAGAAAGGGUACUUUUUACGGUACCUGGGAAUAAUAAGCUUCUGAUUUUUGUCUAUCGCAUUAUAAUUUCAGAAGAAUUUGAAUAUGCAACACAUGUUGUGACAGUAAUGUAUAUUUUCCCUAUGAUAAUACAUCUGUGGCCAAUUGCAAGAGAGUUAAAUGUAUCGGCACUGAUAUCCAUAAACUACUACUAUAUGUUUUUAUAUACAUUGGAAUCAGCACUGAAGAUACUAAUUUUAAAAAGGAAAUAUUUUCUUCAGAAUUGGAAUACUUUGGACUUUUUCAUCAUAGUCCUCGGAAUCGUUGAUAUAUUGUGCAUGUACUUCGUCAAGCUGAGACCAGACAGCUUGGUUCUCAUCCAGUUUACGGUGGUCAUAGGGUAUCUAAGAGUGAUUAGGUUUCUUCCCAUUUUCAAGAUAAUAAUACCAGUACUCAUAAACAUGGCAGACGUACAGAUCAAGAAGAGCCUCAGUUUGAUGUACAGUAUUACAAAAGGCUAUGUCAAAAGUCAGGAAGAUGCCAAGCUUUUGGUAAGGCAAAUUUCUGGACGUGAAUCAAUCUAUCAGAAAUUAUAUGACAUUCUAGAAAGAAACAAACGAGAGGCUAUUAGAGAACUAGGCCUCAUUGAACAUGAAGGCCGUGACGUUGUCAUUGCUCUGAAGACAAAGCAGACGAUCCGCAACGUGAUUGCCAAGGCCCUAAAAAACCUCACCUUUCUUUGGUCAAGAGGCAUCAUUGACAAGCAUGAGGGCAUCGAGAUGAACAAGGUUCUUCUUACAAAAAUAAAAGCCUUGAAUAACUUUCCAAUGGCGAUCCCACCUCCCACCCCUGACAAAUACCUUCCCAACAUCGUCUGGAUGGAAAAUAAAGACGUUCUCAUUGAGUUCUUCAAGGAAAGAACCAAACUGACCUACUUUGACUACGGGGAUAUCAUUUGUAGAGAAGGUGAAAUGCCGCAAGGAAUCUUCUUGAUUAUUUCAGGAAUGGCGAGUUUACAUAGCUCAUCUGCCACUUUUGGGAUAGACCCAAGCCCGAGGACUACUGACAGACAGUCCAAGACUAUGUAUACAGAGUACUGUACCAGUGGGGAUGUACUUGGCGAGCUGAGCUGUUUGCUUAAGCGUGAAAUCGAAUAUACGGCCAUCUGUGAAACUACGCUGCAGGCCUUCUUCAUCUCCUUGGAGGAUUUAUAUGAAGGUUUUGAUGUCUUCUGGCCAUCUCUAGAAUAUAAAAUGUGGCUCAAGCUUGCUCUUAGCAUUGCAAAUCAGUAUUUUGAAUCAAGCAUUGCUGGUGAGGAUUUAAAGUUUCAGAAGUGUGUGAUGUUCAAUCACGCCUAUGUGGAGACUCUGUCAAGCUAUAAUGAAAUGACCCUUAAUCACGUGAAUAUGAAACUCAUUAUUCUUGUGUACGGCAACGUGAUCAACAGCAAGACGGAAGAAACACAUGUCGCACCCUGCAUUAUUCCCAAGUCGUGUGAGCAGAUCCAGGGAAUUUCAGAUGUAAGCAAGCUUCUUGUAAUCCCGACAUCUGAGCCUGUCAAAAAAGAUGCGACCUCCCAUGACGUGGUCAGCACUGGUCUUCGAACGACCAAGAAAGACUACAGCUGGAAAAGAAAAGAUGAGUUUGAAGGCGGACACCUCUUUAGAAAGACAUAUUAACGAGACAGCUAUGACGUGUGGAGUCAGCUUAACUGUGCAGAACUUGGGGAAACGCCCUACAGUCUUGGUUACUGAAAACUCAGUGUGGGAGGAGUCUGCAUUCUCACGAUGCACAGUCCUGUCUGAUGGAACUUUCUGCUUUACUUUUCAAAGUCAAAUAAAGGUGGAUGUUAUGGUCAAUGAA